ACGAUCGUAGUUGGUCACCUCAAGUGAAGAGUAGCGUUGUUUUUUCAAGCGGGUUCGACGACAUUCGUUAUAGAGACGGCCGGCUUUCGGCAUAUUUUAAUUUUUAUAAGAACUAAAACUGAUUUUGUAAUUAGUUUACGUGAGAAUGAAACAUCUGGUGUGGAUAGGGGUGGCCGUCCUGCUUUGCUCAGGAUGGAGUUCGGCCCAGGAGAGCGUCGGCGUCGGGAGCGUUGAGGAGGUGACGGUGGACGCCGAUCUCGGCGCCUCCAGAGAAGGUUCUCGCACAGAUGCGGAGGCGGUCCUGCGCGAAGAGGAGGCGAUCUCGCCGGACGGGCUGAGCGUGGCGCAGCAGCGCGAGCUGAAGGCGCGCGCGCAGAAUUACACCUUCCAGACCGAGGUUAACCGCAUGAUGAAGCUCAUUAUCAACUCCCUCUACCGCAACAAGGAGAUCUUCCUCCGGGAGCUCAUCUCCAACGGCUCGGACGCGCUCGACAAGAUCCGGCUGCUGUCGCUGACGGACCGCGAGGUGCUCGCCGCGCAGCCGGACCUCAGCAUCCGCAUCAAGGCCGACGCCGAGAAUCGUCUGCUGCACAUCAUCGACACCGGCGUGGGCAUGACCCGCGCUGACCUCGUCAACAACCUCGGCACCAUCGCCAAGUCCGGCACCGCCGACUUCCUGGCGCGCCUGCAGGACGCCGACGGCGCCGCCGGCGACACCGGCGAUAUGAUCGGCCAGUUCGGCGUCGGCUUCUACUCCGCCUUUCUCGUGGCGGACCGCGUCACCGUCGUAUCCAAGCACAACGACGACGUGCAGCACGUGUGGGAUUCGGAUGCCAACUCGUUCAGCGUAGCGGAGGACCCGCGCGGAAACACGCUCGGCCGCGGCACGCACAUCACGCUGCACCUCAAGGAGGAGGCGGCCGACUUCCUGCAGCCGGACACCAUCCGCGGCCUCGUGCGCAAGUACUCGCAGUUCAUCAACUUCCCCAUCUACCUGUGGGCCUCGCGGACCGAGACUGUCGAGGAGCCUGUCGAGCCCGCCGCCGACGCCGACGACGACGACGCGCAGGUCGAGGACGCCGACGACAAGGAGACCAGGAAGACCGAGAAGACCGUGUGGGAGUGGGAGGUGAUGAACGACAACAAGCCGAUCUGGACGCGCAAGCCGGCGGAGGUGUCGGACGAGGAGUACACGUCGUUCUACAAGAGCCUGACCAAGGACACGGCGGCGCCGCUUGCGCGCGCGCACUUCGUGGCCGAAGGCGAGGUGACGUUCCGCGCGCUGCUGUUCGUGCCGCGCACUCAGCCCGCCGACUCCUUCAACCGUUACGGCGCGCACACCGACCACAUCAAGCUCUACGUGCGCCGGGUCUUCAUCACCGACGAGUUUAACGACCUCAUGCCCAACUACCUCGCCUUCAUACAGGGUAUAGUGGACUCGGACGACCUGCCCCUGAACGUGUCGAGAGAGACGCUCCAGCAGCACAAGCUCAUCAAGAUCAUCAAAAAGAAACUGGUCCGCAAGGCGCUCGACAUGCUCAAGAAGAUCUCCGACGACGAGUACGAACACUUCUGGAAGGAGUACUCCACCAACAUCAAGCUGGGCGUGAUGGAGGACCCGUCGAACCGGUCGCGGCUGGCGAAGCUGCUGCGGUUCCACUCGUCGCACGGCCCCGACAUGACGUCGCUGGAGGCGUACGUGUCGCGCAUGCGGCCCGGCCAGCACCACAUCUACUACGUGGCGGGCACGGGCCGCGCCGAGGUGGAGCGCUCGCCGUUCGCCGAGCGGCUCGUGCGCGCCGGCCGGGAGGUGCUGUACCUCACCGAGCCCGUGGACGAGUACUGCCUGUCCGCGCUGCCCGAGUACGACGGACACAAGUUCCAGAACAUCGCCAAGGAGAUCUUCGACCUCGACGAGGGUGAGCAGAAGAAGGAGGAGUUGGAGCAGUUCCGCGCGGAGUUCGAGCCGCUGACGAAGUGGCUGGGCGACAAGCUGGGCGCGCUGAUCACGCGCGCGGGCGUGUCGCGGCGCCUGGCGCGCUCGCCCGCCGCGCUCGUCGCCACCGCCUUCGGCUGGACAGGAAACAUGGAACGCCUCGCCAUGUCCAACGCGCACCAGAAAGCGGACGACGCCCAGCGCAAGCACCACCUGAGCCAGAAGAAGAUGCUGGAGAUCAACCCGCGGCACCCCGUGAUCCGCGAGCUGCUGCGGCGCGUGACGGCGGACCCCGACGACCCGCGCGCCGCCGCCGCCGCCCGCACGCUCUACCGCACUGCCGCGCUGCGCUCCGGCUACAUGCUGCAGGAGGGGCAGGCCAUCGAGUUCGCCGACGCCGUCGAGGCCAUGCUGCAGGCGGACCUCGGCCUGCCCGCCGACGCGCAGCCCGAGCUUGAGGACGUGGCCGACGUCGACGCCGACGCCGGGGACGGCGACGACACCGCGGCCCCCGAGGACGCCGACGCCGAUCACGACGAGCUGUAGACGCGUGCGCCGGACUAGUACAGUCGCUAGGAGUGAGUGAGAAGGGAUCGGGCGACCUCGCCGCCCCUAGUGUACGCCGCUAGUGUAUGUGUAGUGUGUGUGAAACCGUCGCAAUUAAUUAGUGAGACGACAGACCGUUUAAGACUGCAUUCUUUAUAUUUUCGUGUAAAUGAGCUCGAGCGUCUGCUGAUAUGUUAUAAUGUUGUAAAUAAAUUUAUAUUUAUUUAGAA